ACACACAUAAACACACAUUCUCUCUCCCCCAAAAACACACACCAAAACAGGGAAAGAGAGAAUUUGCUAAGGGGGAAAAAAAUAGAAUUUUUGCUCUCAUGCAAUAAUUCUCAGAGUGAGUUAUAGUGGAACUCUUCUUUGUCAUGAUAAAAAAGAAUGAGUCCACUUAAACCAGCUUCUGAUGAGACUUCUUUGACGCUGGGCCCUUUUGGAAGAAAGAAUUCCAAGCGCCGGAGUGAUGCAUCAAAACAUGUGGCUGAGACUCUUAACAAGUGGAAAGAGUACUUUGAUAAAAUUGAAUCUAUCAAUGGUAAGCUGGUGCGUAAAGCUCCAGGGAGAGGAUCAAAAAAGGGAUGUAUGAAAGGUAAAGGAGGUCCUGAGAACUCUCGUCAUAAUUAUAGAGGUGUCAGGCAGAGGACAUGGGGUAAAUGGGUUGCUGAAAUACGGGAACCCAAAAAGGGUAGUAGACUUUGGUUGGGUACAUUUGGUACUGCAAUUGAAGCUGCCCUGGCAUAUGAUAAAGCCGCAAGAGUAAUGUAUGGUCCUUCUGCACAGCUCAACCUCCCAAACUAUAACGUAGUAAAAGAGGCUUCUACUGAACCUUCUUUGGAGUUGACAAUGUCGAUACCAGAGUCCACUCUAACCACUUCCCAUGCAGAGUUUGCCAAGGCUGAGGAUUCGAAAGUGACGUCUGAAACAAGUUAUCAUAGUGCAAGCGUUCCCAGCUUUGCUGGCAAGGAAGAAAUGGUGACAAGCUUUCCGGAGCAUGGUGAGAAAGGGAGUUCUAGUCCUCUGCUUUCCUCUGUUGAAAGUCAAGUCGUGCAUGAGAAUAGUAAGUCAAGUUGCAAUGAUGAAGCAUCUCAGCAUGUGAUAGAUUCUCCAACAGAAAGGAAAGAGGUCACUGAUAAAAGUGGCCCCAUGGAUGAAGGUUGCAAGACUGUGUAUGAGGAGAAUUCUGAAAAUUCAACAAAAGAAUGCAUAAUCCCAAGGGGACUGGAGAAAUCAGAUAGCAACUAUGAAUGUGUCGAAGAGAUGCCAUUGGCUGAAUGGUUUGCUGAGAUUCGGAACAGAAAUAUGAGAGAUAGACUCCCUUUGGGAACAGUUGGCGCUGCAAGGUCGAUAAAUGGUGCUUCUUCCUGGCUUAAACUUUCAAAUGAUUGCUCAAAAGUGUCUACGAGAGAAUCCUUCUUGGUUCCCACUGUCUUGGCUUCUAACUGCGAAACGACAUCUAAGUGCAAGAAUGAAAGUCCAGAGGUCUUCAUUUACCACCUUACGAUGGCAUUUUCGUAUAUGCUCGGUUGCUCCGUGUCCUCUGGAUAUAUGUCAGACUUGUCAGUGCCUCGACUUUGGAGAUGAAAAUGAUAGUUUUGAAGGUUUAGGGACUAAGCUUCAUCAUCCUGGUCCUCCAAAUGUUCUGUCUACAUCCUGUUUCCUUCUCCAAGCUCCCUUUUGCAAGUGAACGAUGGUGGCGCUUCGAGAGUAAAUGCUGCAGACCAGCAUAUGGAAGGCCUAAAAUUAAUCUCUCAUAACCUGGUUGAUGUUUAUGUUGACUGUUGAGAAUGGUUCUCAGAGCCCUUCGGAAUAGUCUGGACAGGAAAAGCAAACCUUUCACUUGUUCAACAUAGGUUCAGCUGCUAGAAAGGUAGAGGGUAUUAGUUUCUUGUUUAAUCAUUCAAUGUAGUCAGUCCGCGGAUAUUAUGUCUAAUGUAGGAUGCUUCUCAACUUGUAAUCAUUUCUAUGGUAAGCCUUUUUCUUUGCAUUAGCUAAUGUUGUUUUAGAUUAGAUAAAGUGUGAUGCACUCACAUUAGGACUUGAUCUUUUAUGUAAUUAUUGAGGUAAGGCUUUAGGCCUUCCCCUCCUGGUAAUCACAUUUGAUUAUUUUCACUGCCC